CGAACAAAUAAAGACCAAUCCUUUUUUUUUUUUACAGAUAAAGGCGACUCUUUGAACGGGGAGGGUUCGGGAUUUUGCUUUCUAGAUUCCUAAAUCCAACAAAUACCCAGAAAAGCCAAGUCUUUGAGAUAUUUAUAUAGAUCCAUCGUAAAUCAGGGUGGCUCUUGGAUUUGGUGGUUAUCAUAUGGCGAAUCUAUAUGUGAAAGCGGUGCCGCCGACGGAUCUCAACCGGAACACGGAGUGGUUCAUGUACCCAGGUGUGUGGACUACCUAUAUUCUAAUCCUCUUCUUUUCCUGGCUUCUCGUUCUCUCCAUCUUCGGUUGCUCUCCUGGCAUGGCUUGGACCGUUGUCAAUAUCGCUCACUUCCUCGUUACAUACCACUUCUUUCACUGGAAGAAAGGAACGCCAUUUGCUGAUGAUCAAGGGAUUUAUAAUGGCUUGACUUGGUGGGAGCAGAUAGACAAUGGAAAGCAGCUCACACGCAAUAGGAAGUUUCUAACUGUUGUACCUGUUGUGCUGUACUUGAUAGCCUCGCAUACAACCGACUACCAACAUCCUAUGCUCUUUUUGAACACACUUGCAGUCCUUGUGCUUGUCAUUGCCAAGUUCCCCUACAUGCACAAAGUUCGGAUCUUUGGAAUCAAUGCAGAUAAGUGAGUAUGGUGUUGAGAAUACUUGGCUUUGCCUGCUAGAAAAGCCACUGCUCCUUCCCCUCUGUUAAAAUGGGUAUGCUUCGUAUAGGAGGACAUGUUGAAGGUGUCUUCUGUUUUUGUUUUCUAUGACAAGUCCGCGGACUGCAUUUAGGAGCUCUUUUACAUUAUGGAGGAGUAAUAAGUGUAUCAAGUUUAAGAUUAAGUUUUGUACAGUGGAGAAAUCCAAUGUUUCAUUAUGCACUCAUCACCGCUUCACA